UAAACCAGGUAGAAAUGCAGUUUAGGAGCAACAGCACAUCUACAGCCAACAUGACCAACACCAACAUGAACAUGAGGGGAAAGAUCAUCUUCUACGAGGAGAGGAACUUCCAGGGUCGCCACUAUGAGUGCAUGAGCGACUGCUCUGACAUGUCCUCCUACGUGAACAGGUGCCACUCCUGCAGGGUGGAGAGCGGCUGCUUCAUGGUCUAUGACCGCCCCAACUACAUGGGAAACCAGUACUUCAUGAAGAGGGGAGAGUACGCUGACUACAUGAGCAUGAUGGGAAUGAGGGACAGCAUCAGGUCUUGCUGUAUGAUCCCCAUGCACAGAGGACAAUUCAGGAUGAAGAUCUAUGAGAGGGAGAACUUUGGUGGUCAGCAUUACGAGCUGAUGGACGACUGCGACAACAUCAUGGACCGUUACCGUAUGAGCGACUGCCAGUCCUGCCACGUGAUGGACGGCCACUGGAUGAUGUACGAGCAGCCCCACUACAGAGGCAGGAUGAUGUACAUGAGGCCCGGAGAGUACAGGAGCUUCAGGGACAUGGGCAUGAGCGGCAUGAGGUGGAUGAGCAUGAGGCGUAUCAUGGACUCCAGCUACUAAAUUUUUAAUGAGCGU